CGUGUCCGGUGGUUGUUAUUAAGUGUUGUCAUCUUCAAACAUGACAAUGGCCAAUUUAAUUCGUUCCUUGGUCGUCGUCUGCACAGCUAUCCAGCUAUGCAGUGGAACAUAUUUCUGGUCCAAGCCACGGUGCGGAGGGACUGCAGUGUCUUCAAGUACCACAACUUCGGCUUCCGUUAGGUCUUCGUCGACAAGCAAUUUCUGUACUUUGGACAAGGCGAAACAAAUUGAAUAUCUAAAAUCCCAACUGAGCAAACCCGUUUCCUGUGACGAUGAAGACAGCGCAGAACUAAACGUGGACAGUCGAGAAGAACUGAACGCCAGGGAUCACCAAUCUAUGUUCAAGCUAAAAGCACACAUCAAGGGUCGCGUUUUAAACAAAAUUUACGAGAGGAAUUUGAAAAAGAACGUUGUAAACGCCAAAACCAACAGGCUGUUAAGAUCGGGUGGUUUCAAAGCAAACGUGAGAAACAAGUUCGUUGCAACCCGGUCAUUAAGGGGAGCGCUUAAGACAAAUUACCGACAGACCAGCAGUGUUAUAAGCACCAGUAACAUAGUUGGCGUUGCCGGUAUGUUCCUGAAUUUGCCUCAAGGAUACGUGGCAAAAACAACGACCACAACGGUUACCAACUUGAUACCCGAGACCCGGGCUUACCGUUUAGGACUUAUAAGCACUACGUCGGUCAACUCGGGCACUGGGACAUAUUUAACCGGCGAUGGUGACGGCAGUUCUGACGGUAACGUGGACAUUAGCUCGGCCAACGCCUUAAGAUCUACCGUUAACGGUGGUUACGGUAGUACUACCAAUGUCAAAGAUGGACUUACAAUUCACAAUACUAAUGUAAGAAGUGCCCAGUCAAAUGGUAAUUUGUAUACAAGUUCACCAAUAGUGAAAGAUGGUCUCUCGCAACAGCAACAACGAAAACUAGAUAUCAUUAACCGCCGAGCUGUGCGUGGUUCCACAACGCCAGGAAGCACAUAUGUUAACGAUAAGAAACAAGUGGAUAUUCGAAUCCGCAAUGGUCAGUUAAAAAAGCCAGUGCACGACCCGGUUGGCGGAUCUAACAGUAAUGGAGAAGAUAAUUGUGAUGACGGUUCCAAAGAAGAAUGCGAUGACGGCCCCAGCGAAAAAGACGGUUCCGAAGAAAAAUGCAAUGAACAACCCGAGGAGACAUCUAAAGAAUGUGAUGGCGAAGACUCUGAAGACGGUGGAAAGUUACAAAAAGCUGCGUUGAACGUGAGAAGCACUAGCACGAGAAGCAUUUAUAGCGCAAAACCCAAUGUAGUCAGUGCGAAAAUCAAUCAAAACGUUAAGCACACCAGAACGAAGACAACCGGUUUGGGUGGAAAGUCUGGAGAAUGUGACGACGACGACGACGACGACGGUGAGGAUGAAAUAGUAAACGAUGGCGAAAACUAUGGUGUAAGACAUGGACGUGUUGACAUCAACAGCCGGUCUACCAAUACUCAGUUGAAUAUAAAGAAGAACGUCAGCGUUAAGGGAAAAGUAAGCGGCGGAUACGGUGGUAAAUAUGAAUCGGUCCACAAGAAAACCAUGUCGAGCACUCGAGGAUUGGACGAUUACAGCGGCAAAGGCGAUAAUUUGGAACCGCGUGACGACGACAAUAGUGGCGACAGGAGUGGUAGUCGUAGCUGGGAAGACGACGACGAUGAUGACGAUGACGGCGAAUGCGGAGAAGAUAGCGGCGAAGACGCCUCGUCGGUUUACGAAUAUGCCAGCACGUACAAAAAGUACAACUUUGACGUAGGCCUGAACCAGGUGAGCAUAAUCGGAGAGGUAUUGACCAAAUUGGACCAACAGAGGUACAUGCUCUUCGACGACUUGGCGUAUCAUCAGGACUGCACCCGGCACGUGCGCAACAUGCAGCAUUUCCACUUCAUCAUUGUCGGAGCCGGCAAGGCCGGUUGCGUGCUGGCCAACAGACUGUCCGAAAACCCCAAAUGGAACGUGUUGCUGAUCGAAGCCGGCGGGCACCCGUUGCCGGCUACACAAAUCCCGUCGUUGUGGCCGCGGGUGCUGAACACCGAGACGGAUUGGCAAUACGAAAUCAACCCGAGCACGGCUACCGGAUACGGGAUUGCCGGCGCCAUGAAAAUCCACAAAGGCAUGGGUCUGGGCGGAGCCAGCAUGACCAGUGCACCGGUGUGGGCGAUAGGCAGCGAACAACUGUACAACGAGCUGGUGAAAAGAGGACUGGCCGAAUGGUCGUACGAGAAAUGCGUGGAAUAUUACAGGAAAAUCGAGAACGUCCGGUUCGACACCGACAAGUACGGCCGCGGCGGAUUGUUGCCCAUUAGCAAAUUCCACUGUACCGAGUGGAGCAUGCUGCAGAAAAUGAUUAUGGCCGGCUUCGUGCACGUGGGUUGCCCCGUGCAGAACGACAUCAACGAGCCGGCGGUCGAAGCGGGAUUCGUGUCGUUGAACGGCGUGUUACGGAACGGCAGGACGUACAACACGGCCAAAGCUUAUCUGACUCCGACGCUGGGCCGAAAGAACCUGCAGGUCAUGCAGCACGCCAGAGUGACGAAGAUCAUAAUGGACUCGCUAAACCUCAGAGCUGUAGGCGUCGAGGUCCGAACGAAAUACGGGCAAAUCCUGAGGGUUGACGCGGACUACGAGGUGCUGGUCGCGGCCGGCACGAUAGGAUCCGCCCAGCUGCUGAUGGUCUCCGGUGUGGGGCCGGAAGAGCACUUGAGAAAAAUGCACGUGCCCGUGGUCAAGGACCUGCCCGUGGGCAAGAACUUCCGUCACACCCCCGUGUUCGCCGGUAUCGUGAUGUCGUUCGACAAACCGCUGAUGCCCGUCCAGAGCCCCGAAGAAAUCGCGUUCAAAUACUUGUCCCGGUACAGCGGACCCCUUUCCAAUCUGAACGGUUUGCAGAUGGCAGCCUACUUGAAGACCGACGUCCAUCUGUCGUACGCCGACGUGGUGGUCCAUCUCAACUACGUGCCGGCAAAAUCCAUGUUGCGCCUCUGCGGUUUGCGGGCCGCCUACGGGUUCAGCGACCGCGUGAUGAACGCUUAUGCCGCGCUGAACGCCGAAAAAGACAUUUCCAUAAUCACGGUGACUUUGGUCAGUCCGCAGAGCAGCGGCCGGAUCAUCUUGAAGGGCUGUGACCCGCUGGAGAAGCCCACGGUGAUCGGCAACACUCUGGGCGACCAACGCGACAUGGACAGUCUGAUGAACGCCAUAAAGAUCAUAACCAAGCUGACCGAAUCCGAGGCCAUGCAGCUGGCGGGCAGCAAAUUGGAAAAAUUGGAACUCGAAGGUUGUGCCGUGUACGAAUUCAACUCGGACGACUACUGGAAGUGCGCGGUGAAAUACUUGGUCUCGUCCACUUCCAGCACGUCUGGAUCUUGUAGCAUGGGCUUGGAGACCGAUUGCACGGCCGUCGUCGACAGCAACUUGAAGGUGAUCGGCAUGAGCAACUUGCGAGUGGUCGGUCAAUCGGUUUUGCCGUUGUCGAUCAACGGCUACAGUCAAGCCGCGUCCGUAAUGAUCGCCGAAAGGGCUGCUGACAUCAUUAAAACUACAUACACUUCAUAAAAAUUGAUUUCUCAAAAAAAAAUAUAUAAAAAAUAAACGUCUAUGAACUGGUUUUUCGAAAAAUUAAUUGUACAAUUCUUGAAUACAGAAAAUAUUAUAAUUUAGCGGCAUUACAA